AUCUUGGUGGAGUUGUUACAGAUUACAAGAAGUUCAAUGCCGAUUUUCAGCAUUGUAUCUAUGAUAUUGAGGACGAAGAUGAAUUUAUAAGUGCAUGGAAUGAAAUGCUUGACAAGUAUGAACUCCGGGACAAUGCAUGGCUCCAAAGUGACAAUGAGAAGGUUUACAAAGUACUUGAUAUUAAUAAUAUCAAGCACAUCCCUCAACAGUAUAUCAUGAAAAGAUGGACAAUUGAUGCAAAAGUUUUGGAUAUAACAAGCAACUGCAGCAUGCAUGAAGGCCGCAAAGCAAUACUGACGAAACGCUAUAAGGAAUUGUGUAGAAUGUUUAUCCAAAUAGCUGCUCGAGCCGCAGAGGCUGACGAAUCAUAUUUCAUGGUUGCUAAUUAUGCUGAGAAUUUAGCACAAGAUGUGGAGAAAUGUCUAAAACAUAGAUCUGAUCCAGAUAUAGACCCAUACAAUGUCGCUGCUACAAGUUCAGAACUAAAUGUGAGGCCCGCCAAGCCAAAAGGAAUGAAGGUCAAGGAGAAGACAGCUCGAGGAUCAAACAGACAUCCAGAUAUAGUUGCAGACCCAAACAUUAACUCAUCUACAAGUUCAGAACAAAAUGUGGAGUUUGCCAGUCCAAAAGACCCAAACAUGAACUCAUCUACAAGUUCAAAACAAAAUGAGGGGCUUCCUAAGCCAAAAGGGGUGAAGUUGAAGGAGAAGACUAUUCAAGGAGCAAGUAGACCUGUUGGUGGCUUAGAGAAAGCAAAAUCAUGGCACCUCAACGGUAUGGGCAAAAUCAAGGAGCAAGGAAAAGGAAAGUAG